ACAGAGUCCUCUGGAGGUCCUCGGUCAGCCGCUGGGGGGAGGAAAGUGAUUAUUCUCAACCCUGAAAAAUGGUGAAAUCAGGGAAACUUCGCUCGGGGACCGGGUCCAAGCUGAAGCGGUGGAAGAAAGGACACAGCAGCGACUCCAACCCGCAGACCAGCCGCUUUCGUCAGGCGGCAAAAAGCCGCUUUUUCAGCAGACCCAGUGCAAAGAGUGAUCUGACUGUUGAUGCUCUCAAACUUCACAAUGAGCUGCAGGCCGGUCCUCUGGAGCUCAGUACUGGGGCCCGCAAGGAUACUCAAAUGGAGGAGGAGCCAGAUGAGGGGCUGUCAGAGAGGACGUCCGGCACCUUUCUGAGCGGCCUGUCCGAUUGCUCCAACCUUACUUUCAGAAAGGUGCAGCGCUUCUGGGAGUCCAACUCGGCUGCACACAAAGAGAUUUGUGCAGUCCUGGCAGCUGUUACUGAAGUGAUCCGAAGUCAAGGUGGAAAGGAAACUGAGACGGAGUAUUUUGCUGCUUUGAUGACCACCUUGGAAGUUGUGGAAACAGAAGAGUCUCAGGCUGCAGUGGCCUAUCUCCUAAACCUGGUCAUGAAACGUGUUCCUGCACCAGUGCUUCAGUCUAAAUUCUCGGACACCACCAAGGCUCUCAUGGAUGUCAUGUCUAAACAGGCCUCAUCCGACACGUCUUCAGCGCUCAGAUGGAUCUUGUCAUGUUUAGCCACUUUGUUGAGAAAGCAGGAUGUUUCUGUGUGGAGUUACCCGUCUACUUUGCAGGCGUAUCACGGUCUGCUUAGCUUCACGGUGCACAGCAAGCCAAAGGUCCGUAAAGCAGCUCAGCAAGGCAUUUGCUCCAUCCUUCGAGGCAGUGACUUCCUUUUUACUGAUAACGCUCCGAGCCAUCACCCCGCUGCAGCUACUACAGCCAAAUUCUGCAUAAAAGAAAUCGAGCGGGCAGGAGGCAGCAAAGAGGACACAACCACCCUCCAUGUGCUCUGCCUCCUGAAGGAGCUGAUGGGAGUGUUUCCUCUGGGAGCCGUUAAGUCGUGUUGUGAAACUCUGCUGCGUGUCAUGACUCUCAGCCACGUGAUGGUGACGGCCAGCGCCAUGCAGGCCUUUCAUCGACUCUUCAGUGGGAAGCCGAGCGCUUCAUCCCUCUCUGCAGAACUCAAUGCACAGAUCAUCACGGCUCUUUAUGACUACCUUCCCAGUGAGAAUGACCUACAGCCUCUGCUAGCCUGGCUCACUGUCAUGGAGAAAGCACAUGUUCACCUAGCAAGUUUGCAGAGUUCUCUGAGUUUAGGUCACCUCCCUCGGCUGUUCUCUGCUGCCAUGUCCUGCCUGCUGUCCCCCCACACACAGGUGGUUUCUGCAGCCACCAACACACUAAAGACUUUGUUGACUGAAUGCGUUGCUCCUCACAUGGGGGACAUGGGGAUGAUCACUGCUACAGCCUCUGCAGGGAACCCAUCAUAUGUCUGUAAAAUGUUUCGUAUCGUGGAGGAAGGAUUAUCAUAUCGCUUCCAUGCCUCAUGGCCCUUUGUGCUCCAGGUCCUCGGUUGCUUUUACAGAGCUGCAGGGAAACAAGCUCAUCCCAUCAUGACUAAGUCCCUGCAGUCCCUGUCAGACCUGCGCGCCACCCCUCAGUUCCCGUUUAGCGGCGAGCUGGACCUAGCUGUAGGGGGCGCUGUGGAGAGCAUGGGGCCUGAGGUGGUGCUGGCUGCUGUGCCGCUCAACAUCACCGGCUACAAUGAUGAUCUGGAGUUCCCACGCAGCUGGUUGGUUCCAGUGAUCCGGGAUCACGUGAAGAACACCUGUCUCGGUUUCUUUGCUUCCUACUUUCUCCCUUUGGCCACUACACUUAGGCAAAGAGCUGAAGAAUUGGAGCAAGAAGGAAAGAAGCUGGAAGCAAAAGUCUACCAGACGUUACAGCUUCAGAUUUGGACGAUGCUUCCUGGCUUCUGCACAGGCCCAGUGGACCUGAUAGCAUCGUUCAAGGGCAUAGCCCGAACGCUUGGCAUGGCCAUUAACGAACGGCCAGACCUGCGCCUCACAGUGUGCCAAGCUCUGCGUACGCUGAUCAAUAAGAGUUGCUCCACAGCGGAAGAAAAGGCAGAAUUGGGACGGUUCUCCAAGAAUUUCCUGCCCAUCCUUUUCAACGUCUACAGCCAGCCUCCUGCAGAGGGCGACUCGGGUUCCUACAGGAUGGCUGUGCUGGACACCAUCAAAGUCUAUUUAACCAUCACUGACAUGCAGCUGAUCUGCACAUUCCUGCAAAAGGCGUCUGACAGGCUGACCAGCACGGAAAGCACCGAGUUCACACGGCUUGCAGUGAUGGAUCUUGUGGUUGCCAUGGCUCCCUUCGUAGAUGAAAGCACCAUGGCCAAAACCUUUGAGCUGACAAGACCCUAUUUGGAGGCCAAAGAGCCAGGCAUGCAGAAAAAGGCUUACCGCGUGUUGGAGGAGAUGUGCGGAGCAGAGAGAGACGAGUGUAAAUCUUUUGUCGUCUCCAAUCUGGAAACUCUUAAAAUUGUCUUGCUGGACUCUCUUAAAAAUGCUUCUUCACCUGCAAAGAGGCCGAGACUCAAGUGUCUGAUCCACAUCGUGAAAAGGUUAAACGAGGAGCACAAAGGCUUCAUCACUGCGCUGCUGCCAGAGGUGAUCAUCUGCACCAAGGAGGUUUCUGUUGGAGCUCGUAAAAAUGCCUACAGUCUUCUGAUAGAAAUAGGAAACGCUUUUGUCCGCUUCUGUGGAAACAAAAAAGACGCCAUGGAGGAGUACUUGGCUCUGGUGUAUGCUGGACUCACUGGAUCUGUCACCAUGAUCACUUGCACCGUUCUGGCUUUAACCCGUCUUGUGUUUGAGUACAAAGACUCUAUAGAGGUGUCCACCAUGGAGCAGCUGCUGCAGAACAUCUGUCUGUUGCUGUCGUCUCGUACCAGGGAGGUGGUCAAAGCUGCCUUAGGCUUCAUCAAAGUCAUCCUCUUCAUCAUGGACCCCAAGGCUCUUGGUUCACAUGCAGCCACCAUGAUGGAGGGCAUUGGAAACAUCACGGAUGAUGUGAGAAGGCACUUCAGAACCAAACUCAGGAACAUCUUUACUAAAUUUAUCAGAAAGUUUGGGUUUGAGCUGGUGAAGAGCAUGCUGCCUUCAGAGCAUCACAAGGUGCUGACAAACAUCCGGAAGGCUGAGGCCCGAAACAAGAGGCGGAAGCAGGCUGCAGAGGAACAGGAGAACUCUGAGAGCGAAGAAGAGGCACCCAAGGCAAAGAGUGAAAGCAUCGAAGACAUCCUUGCUGAGUCCGACAGCGAUUUGUCUGAGGAUGAAGGAAAGCCUCGUAAGGCCCAGAAGAAAUUAGGCAAACAGAAAGGAAAAGCAUGGCUGAAGGAGGGAGAGGGCGACGAUCCUCUGAACUUUUUGGAUCCAAAGGUUUCCCAAAGAGUUCUAGCCACAAACCCAGAGAUGAAGAAGACGACAAAGCUUGAGCACGGCUUCAAAGUGACCUCAGAUGGACGGCUCAUCAUUAGAGAGGACGACGACGAGGAAGGAAAAGACAAAGGUCGAGAGGAGGUGGAUGAUAUCCUGGAAGAAGCAGGAGUGAAAUCUAAAAAGUCCCAGAAGAGAAAGAUUCAAGAUGAUGAUUUUGAUGAGGACAUGGAUGUGGAGCCUCAGCUGAAAUAUAAAGCCGGCGGAUCUGGUAUCCACAGACCUCUGGGACAAAGCCAAGUUGUUGGAGGCGAUUAUAAAUCAAAGAAAGGAAAAGGAGACGUGAAGAGAAAAGGAAAGCUGGAUCCUUACGCCUACAUCCCUCUAAAAAAGGAUCAGCUCAAUCGCAGAAAACGAGCCAAACUGCAGGGUCAGUUCAAGGGAAUGGUGAGAGGUGUGCAGAAGGGAGCACAGUCUGGAAAGAAGAUGCAGAAGAAAAAAAGGAAAGCAUGAAGAGGAGGAUUUAUGUUGCUUGUUGGACUUGUUUUUCAACGUGUGAUAAAAUGAGAUCAUACUUAGACGUGUGUUUCAAAGGUGCUCUGAGCUUUCAGCAGCUUUUACAUCAUUCAGUGGGAAGGAAAAUAAGAUUUAAUGCAGAAAAAGCUCCCUCUGCCUUGAUGUCACUUAAGUUAAAAAAGAAAAAAACAUCCCAUUUAUUAAGACUUGCAGUGAAUGGAUCCAAGGACUGUAUGCAAACUGUUUUGUUUUCAUUGCCACGUUUGGCCACUAGAGGGUGCUGCAUAGAAAUGUUGGUUUAACUCUUGAUAAAUUGUGUUUACUUCCAUGUAAAUGGAGAGCAGUAAUGGAGCAGCCACUGGGCUGCACAUUAAAAACUGGAUAAAAAAAAAUCAGCUGAAUGUUGGAGACAGACUUAAACUGCAAAAACCUAAUUGGAGAGCGUCUUUGACAGAGACUCAAACCGUGAUGGAGUUUAUUUUUUAUUACACCAACAACCCUGCAAACUAUUAUCAGCCUGUUACCUUGAAAGGGAAACUUUUCACAUACAUUCUUUAAAGGUUGAAUCAUUUAAGUGAGAUUUUCAUGGAAAAAACGGCAUCAAACUAAACAGAAGUUGCUGUUUGGUUUUUGAAGACACAUUUUAAAACAUAAAAUAUGCAAUGUUUCUAAGGAUUUUCUGUAAAGUUUAAAAGUCUUGACAUUGCAUCAAUUGCUUAAGUAUGUCCCUGCAGUUUUAAGACAUCAAGUAUUUAUAAAAUCCAAACAAUAACUUUUAUAAAAUGUGUUCCCCUGCUGGUUUGAAUCAUAUUACAGCAGAAAAUUCCAUAAACCAGAAUAAAAAAAACCCCACAAGAGUCGACGCAUAAAAAAGAAAUGUCUUUAUUGAAGUCAGACGUGUUAAUAUUGAAGAAAUAAUGCAAAUGAUCAUUUCAGUCAGUAAAUGCAGUUUACAAAAUGCCCUGAAGAUACACGUUUCUAAUACACUCUUUUACUUGGUGUUCAAAGCUCGCUAUUAUCUGCCGUGGUGCAGCUCACCCUGCGUUGAUUUAAAAACCUACAGACCUAAAAGAUGCUAAGGAAAAGCGGGCCUUUAUUACAA